CGGCUAGCGUGUGACAAGUUGAGAAUUUGGGGUGGACGGAAGCGUGUCCGGAUGCCUGAGACGUUUAAAGGCCAUCGCUCCCGUUAAGUGGGAGAUUCGGAUUCACGGCCGCCACAAAUUUUCAGCUUUCACCACCGAAUUACUUCGAUGUACGAUUGUGGCUGGCGUUGGUCUUUCCUUCGAAAAAAGAUUUUAAUCUAACCUCCUUGUUAGUUAUACUCUGAAAUGCGGCAAACAUGGAAAGAAAAAAAAAUCACAUUCAGUUUUUAUUGAACGUAAAACUUUAAUACAACAGUUUUCAUAUUCGCUUACAAUUGUGGUAAACAUAUACUCACUUUUGUUGAAGGUGGGAGGCGGAGCCAAAAUUUUUGCUGCGGCCUUGCACAUGCGCUGUCUGCCAUAAUCCGCCACUACACAUAACAACACAGGCUAUGUCUUAUGAUAGUCUUGAUAACAUGUUUUCGACAUACGAACUGACUGUAUGGUUAUAUCCAAAGAAAACUGCUGUACUCACUCAAUGAGGAACGCAGUUAAAUGUCAAAUUCGUACUACGUCAUUUUGUGUGUACUAAUUGGCAGCAGUGAUAUUGUUUGUUUACAAAUGCAGUGUGGCUUUUCAGCUGUCAAAUAUUUAAUACAAAUAUUCAUGUCUGCGAUUUGUUUCGGGUAAUGGCUUCAUCAAUAACAGCCAGUGACAGUCUGUACAAAGCUGCAAACAUAAUAAAUGGAUUGGAUGAAUCCAAAUUUCCACUAUUGCUCAGUCGGAUUGCGCAGGUAAUGCAACAAUGUCCAGAUGACAAGAAGCCUUUCACAGAAGAAGAACAAGAAAAAUUGGAAGUUUCAUUAGCUCUUGAUAAAGAUGAUUUGAAACUUUUAAUAGAAUCUAGCACUCUCAUUCUGCAGCAGGCUGCAUACCAUAUGAUGAAACCAACAGUAUUACAGCAACAGCUACAUGAUGUCCUUGGGUUAAAGGAAGAGAAAGCUAAAACCUUUGCCCAAGUUUGGGUGAAUUCUGCAAAAGGGAUAGUUGAACAACGUCGAAAGAAAUCUGUUUUUCCAGUACAGCUAGAAGACGUGCGUUGGAAACUGGGUCUGCAGAUGGCAUCGGAUGUUCAACUGAAACAGAAGAUUCCAAAGGCUACCUUUCAGUUUGGUUUACUGUCAGAUUGUGAAGGUGAAAAAAUUAAGGAAAAUAUCACAUUGGAAUUCACUCAUGAUGAAUUGUUUGAAUUUCACAAGAAGCUGGAAGCUAUUCAAAGCCAACUAGAUGCUCUUAGAUGAAAUGGAGAAGAAUGAUCCAGAGUUUUUGAAGAGGAUUAUAUCUGUGUUCUCUUGUUAUUAUAUAAUAUAACUGAUUCACUUCUGUUUUAUUUAAUAAAAAUACAGGUAUUAUAUUC